AUGGCCGCCGACGAAGACACGCCCCCGAGGAACAGGAGCGACAACGCUCCCAAGCUCACCGCGGCGCAGAUCAAGGAGAGGGGCGUCUCCGGUGAGUCCGUCAAGCAGGCGCUCAUGGGAACCGGCCAGAUGGACUACGUCCUCGACGCCCAGGGCAACCUGCGGAUGCCGAAGAACUCCAGCACCGACAACUCCAAGACCAACGCGGUGGAGAAGACCGAGGCUCUGAUCGCGGAAUUUCGCGAGGUCUUCGAAUCCCUGAAGGACGUCGGGCUCGUGCUGGAGCACGCGGGUAAGAGCUCGGCGAACAUCCGCAAGAAGCUCGAGGAGGCGAUCAAGGCGUCGCAAACGCAGCUGGCUCGCGUCGAGGCGCUGAAAGAUCUGGGAAACACGUACGAGGCCAAGGCGGACGACGUCCUGGACAUCGCCAAGGCUGUGGAGGACGGGACCAAGUCCAAGCUGGCGAUAAUGGGGAGGAAUACCGACGGCAUCCUCAAGGACUUCGACGACGCCGUGAAGGCGCAACGCGCCAAGGCGAAGCGCGGCGACGACGAGGACGAGGAUCUCAUCAUCACCCAGGCGGGAGCGGGCGGGGUCCUCCUCGACGGGAUCUCGUUUCCCAACGAGAAGUGCCCGAUGUCCGGGAAGAAACUCGAGGACAUCGACGAGCCGGUGGCGGACGAGAAGGGGUACGUGUACGAACGCGCGGCGAUCGAGGACUACAUCCGCAGGAACGGUAAGCUCGAGGGCCGCGGCGGCGUCGGCGGCGUCGGUGAGAAGGUGAUGAGUUGCCCAGUCGCGGGGACGUCGCACCAGGUGGCCGUCUCCAAGCUGAAGCCCAGCCGCGAGGUGGAGAAGCUCAAGCGGCUCAAGGCGAGACAGGUUGGCGAUAAGCGACGGAGGUCCGACGUCGAGGAAAUUCUUUCGCCGUGA